UUGGCAACCCUAAAUCGGCGAUUGACGUGUCGGGUAUAUCGUUUGCCUGCUUUACUGCUUAUUCUAUAAAAUCAACAUCUUUAAGUACAAAAGUUAAAUAAUUUCAAUCAUCAACGAUGAGUCGCCGCGACAAAAAGGAAGACGAGGAUAGUGGUUUUCAGAAUUUAGACAAGACUACACUUUUGCAAGAGGCAAGAUACUUUAACUCGACACCAGUUAUUCCGAGAAAAUGUAUACAUAUCCUUACAAAAAUCCUGUAUUUGCUAAAUCAAGGAGAAAAACUGACUACUCAAGAAGCUACUGAUAUAUUCUUCGCAACCACAAAGUUGUUUCAAUCGAAGGAUGUGGUGUUACGCCGACUGGUAUACCUAACCAUCAAGGAACUUAGUCCUAUGGCACAAGAUGUGAUUAUUGUAACAUCAUCACUUACGAAAGACAUGACUGGCAAGGAAGACUUGUAUAGAGCUGCUGCCAUUCGCGCCUUAUGCACAAUUACUGACAGCACAAUGUUACAAGCAAUUGAGCGCUACAUGAAACAAGCCAUUGUAGACACGAACCCUGCAGUGAGCUCUGCUGCUCUGGUGUCUGCUCUUCACUUAUCGGCUACAGUACCUGACCUAGUACGACGUUGGGUGAUGGAAGCACAGGGUGUCAUCACAUCAGAUAAUGCAAUGGUGUCAUACCAUGCUCUAGCAGUAGUUGCAGGAGCUCGUCGCAAUGAUCGCCUUUCCACAGUGAAACUUGUUACAAAACUAGCUCGGACACCACUCCGUUCAUCUUAUGCAAUUUGCCUUUUGAUUCGUUAUGCAGCAAAAUUAGCUGAAGAGGACCAAACUGAUGCUUCAGAACCUUAUGUGGAAUUCAUUGAAUCCUGCUUGCGUCAUAAGUCUGAGAUUGUAGUUUAUGAAGCUGCACAUGCGAUUGUCAAUUUGAGGAAGUCUGCUCGUGAUCUUGCUCAAGCUGUUUCUGUCCUACAAAUAUUUUGUGGUUCUUCCAAGGCAACAAUGCGUCUAGCAGGCGCGCGCACUUUAGCUAAACUAACAGCCAAACAUCCUAAUGCAGUAGCAGCCUGUGCUGUUGACUUGGAAAAUUUAAUUUCGGAUCCAAACCGCUCAGUUGCCACACUAGCUGUGACUACUCUUCUAGCUACAGGAGCGGAAAGUUCUAUUGAUCGUUUAAUGAAACAGAUAUCCAGCUUCAUGUCAGAGAUUUCAGAUGAAUUCAAAAUUGUAGUAGUGCGUGCAAUCAGGCGCUUGUGCUCCAAGUAUCCACGUAAACAUCAAUCACUUGCAUCGUUUCUGGCUGGUAUGCUUCGUGAUGAAGGAGGACUGCAGUAUAAAACUGCUAUUGCUGAUGCAAUUAUUGCUCUUGUGGAAGAAAAUCCCGAUGCAAAAGAGACAGGCUUGGCACACCUUUGUGAAUUUAUUGAAGACUGUGAGCAUGCGUCGUUAGCUGUGCGCAUAUUGCAUAUUUUGGGUCGUGAAGGACCAAAAGCUCGUCAGCCAUCCAGAUAUAUUCGAUACAUAUAUAAUAGAGUGAUUUUGGAGUCUGGUCCUGUGCGUGCUGCCGCUGUUUCUGCUGUUGCUCGUUUUGGAGCUGCUCGCCCAGAAUUGCUUCCCAAUAUAAGCGUACUUUUGGCUAGAUGUCAAUUAGAUGAUGAUGAUGAGGUACGUGAUCGUGCUAUAUAUUAUAGCGCAAUUUUGGAUUCUGGUGAUGCUCAACUCAUCAAUGAUUAUAUCAUCAAUGUGCCGAUACCUAAUCCUGUUCUCCUAGAAAGAGCAUUACAGGAUUAUCUUAAUUCUGAUGCUGAUUUGUCCGAACCUUUUAAUUUGGCCACAGUCCCUACUAUGGCUGAGGAGACACAAGAGCCUAAGGAAGCUCCAGUUGAAAUCGAAUCACGAGCACCGAUUGUUUCUCGCGAAGAACAAUAUGCUGAUCAAAUAAAAGUCAUUCCUGGCAUUGAAAAACUUGGACCAAUAUUCAAAACAUGUGAGUCUAUUGACUUGACUGAACCAGAAACCGAGUACCGCGUCCAAUGCGUAAAACAUAUUUUCGCUCGCCAUUUGGUCUUACAAUUUGAAUGUUUGAACACAUUGAGCGAUCAACUUCUGGAAAAAGUUCAUAUACGGUUAGAAGCUGCCCCUGGUUACAAAAUGCUAAUUGAAGUUCCUUGCGAACAAUUGCCUUAUGACAAACAAGGCAGUGUAUUCUGUGUCCUUGAAUUUCCUGAAAAUCCGAUUGAAACUUUGGGAACCUUUGGCGCAACAUUGGAAUUUGUUGUUCGUGAUUGCGAUCCUACAACUGGCUUACCAGAUUCAGGAGAAGGAUAUGCCGAUACUUAUCCAUUAGAAGAAAUAGAAGUGAGUUGCGCUGAACAAUUCAGGACGCGCGCAGCUUCCGACGACUGGGAAGCAACUUGGGAAAGGGCUGCUUCUGCAGAAGAAGCUUGUGACACUUUCGGUCUAUCUCAGUCCGACGUAGGGGAAGCUGCUAAAGCCGUAUGUGAACAUUUAGGACUGCCGAAGGGCGCCAUCUCAGGAGACGCAGUGAAAGAAAUCCGCGGUGGUGGAGUUUGGCGCGGUGGAACACCGGUACUCGUCAGAGCUCGGCUGGUCAUGGCUGGAGGCGCGGUUACUAUGCAAUUAACAGCCCGCUCGCCUCGCGAAGAUAUUGCCACUUUAUUGUUGGCUGCCGUUGGUUAGUGUUAUUUAAGAACCAUUUAUAAUCUUAGUGUUAGCUCGUGCCUUUCCACAAAAAAUCAGAGUGAGUUUUGAGGAAAAAACCGUUCAUUGCCAUAGCUUUAUUUUUGAAGUAUAUUUACACAUUGCUAGUAUACCGCCAGCAAAAUUAAUACCAAACUAAGAAAAUAGAGAAAAUCCUUUGCUGUGUUUUGUUACUAAAGAAUACUAGCUAAAACUCACUCUGCUAAAUGUUUAUUAUAUUAUAUCAUUGUGAGUAGUGUAUGAAUGUUAUAUUAUAUACCUACAGUAACUGUUGUUAUCUUUGCUGUCAUAUUUCUAAAUAAUAUUUAAUUGUUGUGAAAUAAUCCAAGUAAUUUCAUAAAUGAAUUUAAUGUACCUAUUUGAUAUUGUGUACUGUAUAAAUGUCCUUACCAUACGUCUAUUUACGUCAACAGCAGUUAAGCGAUUACGCAAUACUGAUAUUGCACUCUAUGCACGGACUCUGACCGAAGCGGAAUAACUACAUACUUUUCAUACGGACGUCAUGAGUAGGUGUUCCUCUAAUAUACAAUACACGUUAAGUGUAAUAACGUUAUACAUUUAACACAUUUUAGCACAGAGAUUUAAAUAUAUUGUACUACUUAUUUACGUGAGAUGUGUCAUAAAUAUAUGUAUACUAUAUCUUUAUAUAUUUUAUAAAAAAGUCUUAACGUUGAUAUUUUAUGUAAACUGUGGCUUAUUUAAUAAAGUUUAUAACACUAA